AUGAGGCCGCUGAUUUAUGAUGCUAAGUUCAAUGUAGAUGAGGAAACUACGCAGGCAAUGGCAUGGAUCUCUUUUCCGGAUUUGAAGCCAACAUUUUUCGUUAAAGAAUCCAUCUUUUCAUUAGCAUAUGCAAUUGGAAAACCUCUACAAUUAGAUUCUGCUACUAUCAACAAGACAAGACCUAGUUGUGCCAGGGUCAAAGUGCAAGUAGACUUGCUAUGUGAUUUACCUAACUUUGUUGAGUUAGAAGUUGUCAAUGAGGUUGCAGCAACAUCUAGAAUUGAGAGAAUAAAGGUACAAUAUGAUAUGUUACCUAAGUAUUGUAAAGAGUGCAAACUACAAGGACAUGCGGAACAGGAGUGUCGGAUUUUGCAUCCAGAAUUGCGGAGAUAUAAGGAGGACAAUGAAAAAGAGAAGGAAAUAGAAGAGGGUGAUAACAUGGAAAAGAAUGAGCAGCCUGUGUUUAGAGUUGGAAGGCAAUUUAAAAGAUGGCUUCCUACUAAUAAAAGACUUCCUAGCAAUAAGAUUCAUGUUGGAGGGGGUGAAAACACAGUUGCAGGAGGGCAAGAAGGUGUUAACAUUGCAAAUACUUUUGAUGUAUUAACAGAUCACAAGACAGAAAAAGAAGUUCAGCAACAAAGCAAUAUAGGAAACACAAAGGACAUAAAUCAGACAAAACAGUUUAGUAAACUAAAUGCAGCAGUUGAGGAGAUACAUAUUGAGAAGAUCCAUGUAAAUGAAAUGGAAAUCAAACAGAGGGCAAUAGAGCAGCAAAUGGUCACUCCGGAUGAGAUAUAUGAUAAGGAGCAACAAACUGAAAAGGAAAUGGAGGAAUCACCUGCAGAUGGGCAAGUGAACAUUGAGCAAAACACAAUUGAAGAUGUGGAUAGUCCUACAACGGAAAAUACCGAGGGGAUUAACAAGGAGAAGCAAUUACAGAUAUGUACAAUUCAAAAUGAGCAUACUGAUCUUACUUACAUGAAUGAUAUGACAAAUAUUAGUGAUCAGAGACCACUACAAAUGGUUACAGCACAUGAAGGUAGAUUCCCACCUGACUUUAUACAGGAGUAA